AUGAAUCCCACCUCCUCCUUACACCUCCCUGUCACUCUCAUCGAUGCUGUUAUUCCAGGCUACUCAUUUCUAGCGCAAGUCUUACUAGACCUCGGGAUCGACAUCUCAGUCAUUGUUUCCUUCAUCGCCUUUGUCGGAUGUGCUUGGACUGCCCUACGCUUUGCUUUUACACCAAUCAGUGUAUUAAUACUGGAGAGUCUAAGCUCCUCUGUGACAGUGGAGGAAUGGGAUCCUAUUUUCAAAGACAUGCUCAAUUGGGUGGCUGCGAAUAGACGAUUACAAAACAUCCGCCUCCUUCGAGCGUCUAGCCCUCGGCAUUAUGACGAUGAUUUUGAUGAUGCCAAUCUAGGGGAUGAGCAUAAUCUGAGGUCACAUGAGAAGCAUGUCGAAGACAUCAUCUUCAACUUCAAUGAUUGGGCAGCUCGUGCACCCCCAAAGUUUCAACCACAUCGAUCUUCGGGAUUUUUCUGGCACAAGAGACGGAUUUUCCGUAUUACUCGCAACAAAGAGCGAGUGGCUAGCGACUGGAGUCUCGCCGUUCAUGAAAGAGAGUGGCUCACAAUAUUAGUCCUGGCGUUGUCCGCGCAGCCUGUCAAAGAUCUGAUCGAAGAAGCUCGAGAAUAUCACCUGCGACAACUGACCUCGACAACAAUAAUUCAAAGGCCGACUCCGAAAGCUCAGCGUGGCCGCAGAAAUGUUUGGACAACAGUCGCCACUCGACCCAGCAGGUCAAUGGCAACGGUCGUGCUCGAGAGUAGCCAGAAAGCCGCUAUCCUCAAGGACAUCAACGACUUCUUGCAUCCACGGACUGCUCGAUGGUACAGCAAUAGGGGAAUUCCGUACAGACGCGGGUACUUGUUCCAUGGCCCUCCUGGGACGGGUAAGACGAGCUUAUCAUUUGCUCUAGCGGGCGUGUUUGGGCUUGACAUAUAUUGUCUCGCUCUAUCGGAAAUAUCGCUCAGUGAAGAAGACCUCAUCCUGCUGUUCAAUAGUCUUCCUAAACGAUGCAUUCUCCUUCUAGAAGACAUAGACAGUGCUGGAGUGACUGGGAAAUUACGACCAGAAGCAGAGCAGGACACGGAUAUAUCAGAACUCCACAUAGUGGAGAAAAAUGGCAACGCGUCAAAACCACGUCCCAACAAGGAGAAAUCGAAAAAGAAAUCAAAGAAAUCCAAACACUCGAAAUCUAGGGGAGACAUCCAUCUGAAGGCCGUCUCAAAACCGAACACGAUCACGCUCUCUGGACUCCUCAACGCCAUUGACGGUGUCGCUUCGCAAGAGGGCAGGGUGCUUAUCCUGACCACCAAUCAUCCAGAGAAACUGAACGAAGCAUUGGUCCGACCUGGUCGCGUGGACCUACAGAUAAAAUUUGACCUUGCAAACAAGCAACAGAUCAAGGAUUUGUUUCUCCGCAUGUACUGUCCGGAUCCACGCGAUGUCACUCAGCAUCCGACGAGGAUCAGUCAGAUUCUCCCGACUCAGGCUGAGACAGUGAAUCCUUGGGAGACCCUUCAUGACUCCAAACCAAAGAGCACCCCUUUUGCGACAGUAUCCCUUGCCCAAGUACCUCCCCUGACACAAUCGUCUGAUAUACAAGCUCCUUUGAAACCUUCUACACCCACAAUCCCGCCACUAAGUACUCCGUCACCAGAAGCGAAAGACUUCAGUGACAUAUCAACCCUCGCAAACAGCUUCGCGACUGCAUUGCCGGAGUUGACGUUCUCACCGGCAGAAAUUCAGGGGUUUCUUCUGAUACGGAAGAACGACCCGCAGCAAGCGGUGCUUGAGGUCUCGGAAUGGCGUGAUUCAGAGCUGGCGAAAAAGGCAGGAAAGACGUCAGAGACCGGUGAUAGAUCGAAAGAUCAGGCUGAGGCUUCAGGCGUCAGCGCUGAGAGCCCAUCGAGCAUCCGUGUCGAGGACAAGAUCGAGCGCGAAGCUCCCAAAGCGGGUGCUGCUCCCGCCAUCAGCUUAGGCGUGGCGGACCCAGUCUAUGAAGCAACCGAGUCAGACUCACCCACGAAAGCGAACGCUUCAAACGAUGCUGAGCAACAUGAAGAGCAAUAUCACGGCGGAGGGACAAGUCCAUCACCGCAUAUACCUCCAAGCAACACCCCGAAACCUGCUGAAGCAUGCUCUGAAACUCAAGUCAACACUUCGAACGGUAUCACCACCAAUCUGCACUCCAACCCAGCGAAUGAGGCCUCUUCUCAUUCCGCACCAGAUGCACCGUUUGAGCCUCCGUCCCCAACGUCUCCGGCGCGCGACGAGAAUGAAUGUGACACGAGCAGCGGACGCAGCGACAGCGACUCAAGUAGCAGUAGCGAUAGCAGCGACGACGGAGUUGGAGAAGAAGAAGAAGACGAGGAUGGAAACGAUGGCGGAGGCGCCGGUGGCUAUGACGACGACGAUGAUGGUGAUAUCAGUGACAGCUCGGAGAUCCAUAAUGGACCGCUCUUUGUGGAUGGGUCGAUGACCCGAGUCACUAUGCUUGACUACUGA